UAUCCCACCUACCUAAUCACUUAAUAAAUACCCAGAUGACAAUGAAGAAUUUUCCCUAUAAAUUGUAAAGCUGAGAAAAAUCGCGCUCCAAUGUCAUCGCGAAUUUCAAUCAAGACGCCAAAAUCUCUAUUCUUCUAAUAAGUAAAUGAAGUUCCUCCUGAUCUGUGCUUUCUUAGUGAUUAAUGUAAUUAAUGCAGAGGAAGUGAUUGUGAAUCUCCCCAAUGGUCCCAUUAGAGGGGUGAAAAAUGGACCAAUGUUCAUCUUCAAGAGCAUCCCGUAUGCGGAGCCCCCUGUGGGUGAGAAACGCUUCGAACCCGUUGGGAUUAAUCGUGAAAAGUGGUCAGGUGUGAGGAAUGCCACAGAUGAAGGGAUGCCAUGUAUGCAACUCUCCCACAUGGGCUAUUCGCAGGUGAAUCCAAUUGUUUUUGGGAUGGAGGAUUGUCUCUUCCUCAGUGUCUUCACCUCAAGCCUGGAUAGUGGAAAGAAGCUUCCGGUGAUUUUCUACAUUCACGGUGGAGCUUUUAUGUUUGGCACAGGAUCAUUUAUGAGCCCAGAAAGGCUCUUUAAGUAUCAGGAAUUUGUCUUUGUUAUAUUUAACUAUCGUGUUGGGCCAUUGGGAUUCCUCAGCACGGAGAAUGAGGUGGUUCCUGGGAAUAUGGGGAUGAAGGAUCAAGUUGUGGCACUGCAGUGGGUCCAGGAGAACAUUCAUCUCUUUGGUGGGGAUCCCAAUCGUGUGAUGAUCAAUGGAGUAUCAGCCGGAGGAGCCAGUACUCACUUACACUACUUCUCUCCACUGUCUGCUGGACUCUUUCACCGGGGAUUCUCUCAGAGCGGAAGUGCCCUCAACCCGUGGGCUAUCACGGAAAAUGCCAGGAGUAAAGCAACCACUCUUGCUGCCCAUUUGGAAUGUCCAACGCAGGAUCCCAAGGCCAUGAUUGAGUGCAUGAAGGCUAAACCUGCUGAGGAUAUUGUUCGUGGCUCGAAGCUCUUCCUGCCGUGGCUGUACAAUCCCUUCACACCAUUUGGGGUGGUUGUGGAGAAGAAAAGCCCCCAACCAUUCCUCUCUGAUUAUCCUGAAGCCAUUUUAAGGGCGGGGAAAGUGACGGAUGUUCCAUGGAUUGCCUCCUUGACGGAUGCUGAGGGAAAUUAUCCAGUUAUUGAUUAUUUGGUACCAUCGACAAAACUUGAUCAACUGAACAACAGAUGGGAAGAAUUAGCACCAACUGUGCUGGAUUUUGCGGGAACAGUUGUGCCACAACUUCAACCGGAAGUUGGACGGAGUGUGAGGGAGUUUUAUCUGCAGAAAGAGCAGAUUUCUAUGCAGAAUGUCGACAAACUCGUUGCAAUAUUUAGUGAUCGACAUUUUUGCGUGGGAAUCAGCCUCAGUGCACGACUCCAUGGGCAAUUUACUUCCGCAUCCAAUUACUUGAUGUACCUCACCUUCCCCUCUGAAGCUGGAUUAGGUGAUCUGUUUGCCCCUGGGAUAAAGCUAAAGGGUUGCGGGCAUGGGGAUGAUCAGACGAUGCUGUUUGUUACUCCAGUCAGAACACUUCCUCUAACUGAGAAAGAAGAAAAAUUUGUGGAGCUCUUUGCAGGAUUGCUGGUCAAGUAUGCAGCUGGACAUGAUCCCGAAAUGGCUGGUGUGCAGCUGAAAGCAAUAACCAGCAGUGAGAGUAUGGAUUACUUGCACAUUAAAUCCCCCAAUGAGAUCACUCUGGAGAAAACUCCGGGAUUUGGGAAUGAGAAAUUUUGGUAUUCUCUUCCAAUUGCUGAAUGGAAUUUAUCAUUGUCUUCCAAUUAGGAUACUUGAGAGCCUUAGAAGGAUGUUUUUGGGGCUUCCUGGCUGUUGUUUGAUCUUUAAGAAAAAUUAAUUCCAGAAAAUCACAAAAAUUGAUUAAAGAAAAUUAAAAGAAAUAAAAAAUCAAAAACUGUGAUAA